AUGGUACUUUGUAUAAGUGUGGAUUUUGUUUACCACAACAAUGCCCCUUUGUCAACGGUCAUCGAUCAUUUCGUAUUGACUUCAUGCGGAAUUUUGACCAUUGUAAAGAUAGCGCUGUUACGGUUGCAUCACGACGACCUGCUGAAGAACCUAGGCAGCGCAGUGUGUGAUUGGACGUAUAUCACAAAACAGGAUCAUCGGCAAGUCAUGUUUCACUAUACCAAUCUGGGCAGAUUUGUCUUCUUCUUUCAGAUGGGUUCCUCGUAUUUUGUCAUCAUGCCAUUGGUAGUCGGACCACUCCUGUCCUCUGCGAUGUUGCCUUCCUCACAGAACGUCACAUUAACUGCAAAAUCCCAGAGAGAGAUGCGAGCUAUGGAAUUACCUCACGAGAUGAUCUGUCCGUUUGAUGCUCAGCUCGUUUGCUACGGUAUAUAUAUUCUUCAAACUGUUCAGCUGAUCACGACAGUCACGGGGAAUGUUGGCAGCGACGUUUUUCUCUUUGGAGUUUGCAUGCAUCUCUGUGGUCAGCUGGAACUGCUCGGUCUAGAACUGUUGCGGUUCCACGAAGAGAAGAAGAACGGUUGUGGGAAACGAACUAAAAUGGUCACACUGAUCGAGAGACACUGUUUUCUUCUGGAUCUAGCCAAAGACAUCGUUAAUACACUCGAUAUCAUUUUGAUCGCUCAACUGAUUCUCCACGCUUCGCUGAUAUGUUUAAUAGGUAAUUAA